AUGAACCAUAAUGAUUUAUACCCUUUACAACAGAGCGAUGAGUUGAUAUGUCAGAUCUCAAAAUCUUGUGAACAAUUACAACAAAAAGAGCCAGAUAAUCAACAACAUAUUGUCCCAGAAAUUCAACCUUUUAGCAUUGAUGAUUUUAAACCUAUCUUUAAUAUGGAUCAUCCUUCUAGCUACUCAUCAGCUAAUAAGACCCCAAAGAAAGAUAAUCCAUCAAGUCAAAGAGCUGAUGAAAGUAAGAAGAAAAUGGUUGUAAGAAGAGAUGUUGAGAGGCAAAGAAGGCAAGAAAUGGCGAAUCUUCAUGCCUUGCUUCGAUCACUUCUGCCUCUUGAAUAUAUCAAGGGAAAGAGAUCAGUAUCUGACCAUAUGAAUGAAGCAACUAAGUACAUAAAGAAUCUACAAAAAAUGAUUGUAGAAAUGAAAGAUAAGAAAGAUGAGUUAAACAGAUUGUCUAUCAACAAUUCCAAAUCUAUAUCUGUUAUUCCUAGACUGAUAAACAGCUUUUCGCAGCCGGAUUUUGCUACGGUGCGGCCAUGUGUUUCAGGUUUGGAAGUUGUUAUUAGUAGUGAUGGGUUAUUACUUCCGCUUUCAAGAGUGCUUCGAGUACUACUCGAAGAUGGACUACUUACAGUUGUUGGUUGUGUUACGACUAGGGUAAAUGAGAAAUCACUACACACAAUUCAGAUUGAGGUACGCGAUCAUACACGAAUCAAUACUGCAGAACUGCAACAAAAGCUGAUUGGUUUGGUUUAG